CUUUUUUUCUUUUGUGCCGGCGCGCCAGAUUAGAUGCUGUUUCUCCGUGGAAUCGCCGUCGUCUUCAUUCUCUUCACCUCUUUCUCCGCCGCUCAGAACUCCACGUGUCCUCUGGACUUUUCCGUCCUCCAACCGUUCCGGCGUCCGAAACCCGAUGGCGCCACCACCUGCCAGUACCUCCUCCAAGGCCUACGCCUCCUUUACUCUCACCAUCUCCGUCAGACGGGUUCCUUUCUCCCGCCACCCGAUUCUGCUCCCUCUUGCUGGGCUGCUCUCCAGUCUUCCAUCGCCGGAUUCCUCCCUCGCUUCGACGUCCGGUCUACCUGUGGUUUCCAGACGCCGUGGAUUUCGCAGGGGUGCAUGAACAUCACCACCAGGUCUCAGUUCGAAUCCCUAAUCCCUAAUUCAUCCCUCACCACCACCGCCAUGCGCUGUAACACCUCUCUCGAGAGCAAUACCCCUUGCGCCUCCUGCACUCAGAGCCUCUCCGCGUUUCAGCCUUAUCUCACCGGUCCUUCCCUCGGUAACGUCUCCGACUGUGCUUCUUUUCCCUCUAUCUACGCCGCUGCUUUCGCCAAUUCCUACGGUCCCACCGAAAAAGGCACCGCCAAAUGCUUGUUUCAGCUCGAUUUGGCUUCUCCUAGCUCCGGUAAUGGCAAACUCAUCAAAAUUCUUGUUUCUUUAUCUAUCUUGCUCGUUGCCUCUGCUUUGGUUAUUACCGCUUGGUUCUGGUACUGCCGGAGGAAAAAGAACAAACUUUUUUUCAAGCCUCGGGAUACCAGUUUAGAAGCUGGCACGCAAUCUAGACUCGAUUCCAUGAGCGAGAGCACCACUCUUGUCAAAUUCAGCUUCGACGAGAUCAAGAAAGCCACCAACAAUUUCUCGCGCCACAACAUCAUUGGCAGGGGAGGUUACGGGAACGUCUUCAAGGGCGUCUUGCCCGACGGCACCCAGGUUGCCUUCAAGAGGUUCAAGAACUGUUCUGCUGGAGGGGACGCCAACUUCGCUCAUGAGGUCGAGGUCAUCGCCAGCAUCCGCCACGUCAAUCUCCUUGCUCUCAGAGGCUACUGUACAGCAACCACUCCCUAUGAAGGUCACCAGAGGAUCAUAGUCUGUGAUCUUGUGAGUAACGGUAGCCUUCAUGACCAUCUCUUUGGAGACUUGGAGGCUCAGCUUCCCUGGCCUCUCAGGCAGAGGAUCGCACUUGGCAUGGCCAGAGGGCUUGCUUAUCUACACUACGGCGCACAACCCUCCAUCAUCCACAGGGAUAUCAAGGCCAGCAACAUUCUCUUGGACGAGAGGUUUGAGGCCAAGGUUGCGGAUUUCGGGCUGGCCAAGUUCAACCCCGAAGGAAUGACGCAUAUGAGCACGCGGGUCGCAGGCACAAUGGGGUACGUGGCUCCAGAGUACGCACUGUACGGGCAACUGACUGAGAAAAGCGACGUUUACAGCUUUGGGGUGGUGCUUCUAGAGCUUCUGAGCAGGAGAAAGGCGAUUGUGACAGACGAGGAGGGGCAGCCUGUGUCGGUGGCAGACUGGGCGUGGUCGCUGGUGAGGGAAGGCCAGACACUGGAUGUGGUGGAAGACGGGAUGCCAGAGAAGGGGCCCCCAGAGGUUCUGGAGAAGUAUGUGCUGAUAGCAGUGCUGUGCUCUCACCCUCAGCUCCACGCAAGGCCAACAAUGGAUCAAGUGGUGAAAAUGCUGGAGAGUAAUGAGUUCACUGUUAUAUCCAUACCUCAACGCCCAAUCCCUCUGGUGGCUUGUAGGGAAGAGAUUGACCGCUCUGUUAGUAGCAGCAGCGGCUCCGGAAAGCUCACUAGCCCCACGGGAUAUCAGGCCUUCUCCUUCGGAGGUGAUGGACCCUCAGGGAACACAAAUACCACUUAGCUGAGAUAUGUAUGUUGUAGAUAUUAAUUUAGUGUGCAUUCAUUUCAUUCUUUGAUGCUUCUUCUGUCACUUAUGUAGUAGGGUUUACUUUUUCCAAUAAACUCAUCUUGUUGUA